AUGUACCUACACAAAACGCCGUUGUCAUUGACUUUUGGGAUAGCAUAUCUUACGCAGGGACUGGCAAUGUUUUUCUUUUUCUGGCUCUACCGUAUUUGCCGAAAACAAUUUUACAUUGUCUACGGAAUGGAAGCACCUAGCGUAGAGGAGAGAUACAAAACCCAGACAAACUACAAAGCCUCAAGACUGCUGUUGGGUAUGGCCCCAUUCAAAUGCAUCUUUUCAACCCUGAUCUUGAUGGAAUACCAAAUUCUAAUCGGUCGCUCUGAAUAUACGCAAAUAUUUUAUGUCUUUUUGAUGUUUUACACGGUGCAAACCCAGACCCUCAUCCAAAUCUGGUUCAUCAUGCUCUACGAUAUGCAGCUGAGAAACAGGGUACUCGCAUCGCUUCGACCAGACGGAGACUCGAACAAGGCAACCCGCGUCAACCUUCUGAACAGCUUCUUU